AUGGUGAACAUCAAGAAUACCACCAAAUCGUACAAACUUAACACGGGGUACUCAAUCCCUGCCAUUGGCCUCGGCACAUGGCAGUCUCAGCCCGGCGGUGUCGAGAAGGCCGUUGAGGAGGCGCUCCGCGCUGGCUACCGGCACAUCGACACAGCGUUCGCCUACGGCAACGAGAAAGAAGUCGGCCAGGGCAUCCGGGCAUCAGGCGUGCCACGCGAAGAGAUCUUCCUGACCACGAAGCUGAACAAUACAGACCACAAGCGCGUGGCCGAGGCGCUAGAGGACUCACUCCGGAACCUCGGUGUCGACUAUGUUGAUCUGUACUUGAUGCAUUGGCCGUCGAGCACGACACCAGAUGACAUGAAGAAGCAUUAUGACGACUGGGACUUUGUGGAUACCUGGCGCGAGAUGCAGAAGCUUGCGGGGACGGGCAAGGUUAGGAGUUUGGGUGUCAGCAACUUUGGGAUCAAGAAUCUUGAGAGGUUACUCAACGAUCCCAGCUGCAAGAUCGUUCCCGCGGUUAACCAGAUCGAGCUGCACCCGGCGAACCCGUCACCCAAGCUUGUUGCCUACUGCAAUUCAAAGGGCAUCCAUUGCUCGGGUUACUCGCCUCUCGGCAGCAGCAACUCGCCUUUGUACAGCAACGAGACACUAAAGUCCAUCGCGGAGGCAAAGAAACGCACAGUAGCCCAAGUACUGUUGAUGUGGGGUCUGCAGAAGGGCUGGAGCGUGCUCCCUAAGAGUGUCAACGUUGAUCGUAUUCAUGCUAACUUCGAUCUUGACGGUUGGAGGUUGACUGAUGAGGAGAUGGCCAAGAUUGAUGCUAUUCCUGACCGGUUCAAGGUCUGUGGUGACUCGUGGUUACCUAUCAAGGUCUUCUUCGGCGAUGAUGAAUGA